AUGGCCAGCGACGACGAAUUCGAGCCAGACUCUCGUCAACGAAACUACAGAGCACCCUACACCGCCCGACACCCUAUCCCUACCGUCCAAAAGUACAAGGCCGAGCGAAGUGAAUUGAAGGGACAGCAAGAAGAGGCCGAGUCCGCACAGCACGACGAUGAGGAUGAUUCCAAGGUGAAACGAGCCUACCACGCCGCCAAGGGCGACCGAGAAUCGAAACGUUCAAGGCGCAGACACCCAUGCCGAACCACGAGAAAGGCCCGAGGCUUCACAAGGAGAAGGAGAAGGAGACGAGCAGAAUGA